AUGGAUGGGGUGCUUUUGGUGACCCGCAUUGCUGCAUUAUGUACGAGUCGGAACCCGGCUAGCCAAUUCUAUGAUAGUCGUAAGGAGGGGGAAAAAGUGAAGUACACCUUUAAAGCAUUGUGCGACUAUGCCUUGGUCAUUCUUCGUUAUUUUUACUUGUCGAUUAUUUAAUCUACCAAUGAGUCUUCCACUCAGCGCGUUGAUUUUAUAUCGCGCAGUAGAGGCUUUACAGCAGAACAAUAUUACAUAACACGUCAGAAGUGGACUGAAACGGGGCCUUUCACUGGGGAAUACUGGAACACCAAAACCCCUGGAACUUACCACUGCAUAUGUUGUGAUACACUCUGUUUGAUUGGAACUGGUUGGCCAUCAUACUAUCAGCCUGUAGGAAGCAAUGUAAAAUCAAAAACUAGACUUCACAUUAUUUUCAUGCCCGUCAAGAAGUUCGUUUGGCUUGUUUUGUGA